CGUCCGUGUGGUGUGGGCUCGUUCGCAAUCGUGGGCGUCUGUGUGUCAGCGCAGCAGCGUCGUUUGAUAAUUGAUAUUGUUAUUUGUUAUUUUUUAUUAUUAUUAUUAUUAUUAUUGUGACUUCGUUUUUUUUUAAACCACUGUCGCGUGUUAUACAGCGUAAAAACGUUUGGCCACGGCCUCUGUCGUCGUGCCAUCCUCAUCGUGCGCCGAGGACGUGUGUGUGAGAACCUGACACCGCAUUUGGAGUUUUUCGUCCACGCGACAAGUAUUAUAAUAUUUGUCGUCCACGUUUUGUUAUAGCGAACAUCAUGUUAACUAAGAACCAGCUUCCGUCGUGGUCGCCUGUACAAAUUUCGACUACUAUUGCCACCGUCCCUUGCACGCUGGCCGUCAGUUUUUGACGACCGACUACUCUGUACGACACACAGAUGGAGUAAAUUUUAUUAAUUUCGACCAAAACAUUUAAUCAUUCACAACAAUCAUCAGAAAUGGCUAUUAUAGUUUUAACAGAUUAUACAUUUUGUUUAAACGAGUAAUAACAAGAAAACAUCCUAAUAAUGGAAAACAGAAGAUCUUGGAAAGGUCAGCUGUCUCUCAAAGAGUCUGACCAUCGUAGAUAUUCAGAUUCAGAAGAACACAAGAGCAAGAAUUCUACAUCAAGUAGUUCAGAACUGUCUAAUUUGGUGUUGAUGCGCAACCGUACUUUAGGGCAGUCCGCUCCUUCGUUAUCGACUAGUUUGAGAGAGCUACACGUUGCGGUAGGGUGUGGAAGGCGUUCAAACAAAAAUAGUCACCGUAAAAGCUUUAUAUCAAACACAUCACCCAUUUUGCCUAGAUGUCAUUCCCCCAUGUCAAGCAGUCCGCUGGAAAGUCCAAAAGUAACUCAUUCGCAUCCCCAUUUUCCAUUUGUUUCAAUUAAAAGGCCGUACAAUUUACUAACAACAGAUUGCCGCGAUGGAAGAAGAUGGUCCGUUGCAUCACUGCCGUCGUCCGGUUAUGGAACCACAUCUGGAAGCUCUAAUGUUUCAUCCCAGUGUUCCAGCCAAGAACGUUUGCAUCAGCUUCCCAACAUGCCGACCUCGGACGAGUUGAACAUGUUUUCUAAACAUUUUUCGUCCAAUGACAGCACUCACAGUCACAGUGCAGAGGAAGAUAAUAUAAUAUACAGAAAAUCCCGUUUCAACCGACCGCGUUCGAGGAGCUUAAGCAGUCCUAGCAGGUCUCCAAUUGUGGAUAACGAUAUUAUCAUGAUGAACGUCCUUUACAAAGACAGAUUUCCUAAAGCUACAAAACAGAUGGAGGAACGUUUGAAAAUGUUUAUCCAAGAAUACGAAAAACUUAGUUUGGAAUACUUGGACAUAUCAGGCGAUGCUAUACCUAUUGUUCGGUUUGUUAACCGUCAAGUUUUAGAAUUAGCUAGAGAUUGUUUGAAAAAAUCUGAAGAAAAAUUGAUAACGCGAGGUUAUUUUUAUGAAAUGUCUGAAAAUUUGGAAUUAUUGUUAGCUGAGGCAAAAGAGAAAUCGGAAGAAGCAGCAGGGUUGUUAACGGCAACAAUGAAAAAAUUACUACUUAUUAUAUCUAGGCCUGCUAGGUUACUGGAAUGUUUGGAAUUUGAUCCUGAAGAGUUUUAUCAGUUAUUAGAACAAGCCGAAGGCCAAGCGAAAAUUUGCCAGGGUAUCAAAGAUGAAAUACCUCAGUAUAUAAUUGGGAAAUUGGGUUUAACUCGUAACUCGGUCGAUGAUAUUGAUGUAAAUUUCCAAAAAUUAGAAGAGUGUUCAUUGAAAAAAACUCAACAAUCCACUAAGAAAGAUGCAUUUUCUUCUCCUCCUUCUGAAGUGGAUUUUGAUGUAAUUAAAUUGAUCUCAAAUGGCGCUUACGGCGCUGUCUAUCUUGUAAGACACAAACAAACUCGUCAGAGGUUUGCAAUGAAAAAGAUAAUAAAAAAUAACCUAAUGUUACGUAAUCAAAUUGAACAAGUAUUUGCCGAACGUGAUAUAAUGAGCUUUACCGACAAUCCAUUUGUAGUUACUAUGUAUUGUAGUUUUGAAACUAGGAAACAUCUAUGUCUUGUAAUGGAAUAUGUGGAAGGAGGAGAUUGUGCUUCUCUUUUAAAAAACAUCGGACCAUUACCUUCAGAUAUGGCUAAAUUUUAUUUUGCCGAAACUGUACUUGCCGUUGAAUAUCUUCAUAACUAUGGAAUUGUACACCGAGAUCUUAAACCUGACAAUCUUCUUAUAACGGCUUUGGGCCAUAUUAAACUGACAGAUUUUGGUUUAAGCAAAAUGGGUCUAAUGUCAUUGGCAACUAAUUUGUACGAAGUACACGUAGACCGUGAUACUCGACAGUUUUCUGAUAAACAGGUUUUUGGAACACCUGAGUAUAUAGCGCCAGAAGUAAUUUUAAGACAAGGUUAUGGGAAGCCUGUUGAUUGGUGGUCAAUGGGAAUUAUUUUAUAUGAAUUCUUAGUUGGUUGUGUUCCAUUUUUUGGUGAAACACCCGAAGAACUGUUCGCACAUACUGUAAAUGAUGAUAUUGAAUGGCCUGACGAAAACGAAUGGCCUAUUCAACCAGAAGCAAAAAAUAUUAUAUCAGCAUUAUUACAGCAAAAUCCUAGGGAUCGACUGGGUACUGGCGGUUCGCAUGAAGUAAAAGAUCACCCAUAUUUUUAUGGGGUCGACUGGAACUCUUUGUUAAGACAAAAAGCUGAGUUUAUGCCACAAUUGGGCGACGAAGAGGACACAAGUUACUUUGAUUCUCGAACCGAUCGUUACAACCACGAAGUCGAUGAAGAUACUGAUGACGAUUCGUUAAUCUUGGGCACUUUUUCCUCUUGUUCACCUCAGUUCAAAAAAGUUACUAGUAAAUUGUCCAUGAACAAUGAUUAUCAAUCACUGUCGCCUUCAAUCAAUUACAAAGACGAUUCCAUGUCGACUAGUACUGGUGUAUGUGACACAUCGGCUUCAGAAGGAGAAACAGUAGACGAAAGUCUUAAAUCGCCUGUCGCCAAAAAAACAACACUGGACUUAUCCCACAGUGAUGGUAAUGAUGGUAUACCCCAAAUAAAUCGCAGGCGACGUUUAUACAGCAAAGAAUGUAUACCAAAAUUCUCUAUUUCAGUUGAAGAUGACAGAUCUCCUCAAUUAAGAAGUUUAUCGGAAAACGAAUCUGACGAACCGCCUAAAGAGAAGAAAGAAGAGUUUCUAAGUUUACCUGUGACUGCAAAUUUGUGUCAGACAUUACCACCAUCACAGGGUACGUCAAAAAGUUCUUCUGGAAGUGGUCAACGGACGAGAUCGGUGAUAAAAAGUUUCUCAGCCACAGGGUUAUCGUUGAUGAUUCCUCCAGAUUGUGGGAUUGGUAUAUCACAAGGGUCAUCGAGCGCUUUGAAUUCGCCAUGUCGAGAAGUGCCACUAAUCACCAGUUUGAAACCACCGAUCAUUCUGCGUAGAGGACCUUCCGGUUUUGGCUUUACGGUUAAUACUAUUCGAGUUUACUUUGGUGAUAGUGAUUUCUACACCAUGCACCACUUAGUAUCAGCGGUAGACAGCGGAAGUCCUGCCUUCGAGUCGGGUUUAAGUCCUGGCGAUUUAAUUACCCACGUCAACGGAGAACCUGUUCAAGGAAUGAACCACACUCAAGUGUUGCAGUUGCUCUUGUCUGGCGGCGAUAAAGCUACAUUGCGUUCCACUCCUCUUGAAUUUACUUCGAUAAAAACCGGCGGACGAAGGCGUGAACCUGGCAAAAGCAAAUUAGCCUCAAACUCCAGACACCGCGCGUUGGGUUUUGUUCAUUCCCAUAGACAUAAACGCUCUCAGAGGAAAGAUAUACCGGCAGGCGAAAGCAGACGAAGACAUCACAAAAAUUCGUUGUUCAGAAAGAUCAGCACAAAAUGCACUCCGGACUAUCAGCAGUUGACAAUUCUGGCAAAUAGAGCGCCUGCCGUUCAAGCUGAGGCAGCCAAUGCACUGCCCACCGCGGUUGAAUACUCUUCGACCAGUUCGUCUAGCUCGUCUUCAAACUCUCCGAUCGUCACGCCGAAUUCGCCCACGCCCUAUCAACGGCCGUCAACUCUGCACGGUCUCAAGCACAAGCUGCACUCGGCCACAAAGAACAUGCACUCCCCCAACCGGCGCAAAUCUGUCGGGCACAUACCACUGUCGCCGCUGGCCAGAACACCAUCACCAUCACCUCUGCCGCAGUCGCCAACCAGAUCGCCUAGCCCGCUUACGUUUUCGUCAGGCCACCAACCAGGCAGCUCCAACACUACACAGUCGUACAGCCCGUCUUCGCUGUUAGCCACACCCACGUCCGGAAAGAAAAGCUUCGGCCGACCUAAGAGUUCUGAACCCGGUUCACCGUUGUUGCGCCGUGCCUUGUCCCCAGACCGCCUGCAUCCGCGCAUGGCCGAGAACAAGUCCACAUCGAUAUCGCCGCUGUGCGAUCCAGCCCUGAAGGUGACCUUGCACGCUCCAAGAGUGACGGUCACGUCCAAGUCACCGCCAGUGAACAGCAGAACGUUGUCGGUGGACUCGCAGUCCGUUGUCAAGACUAUAAAGCAAGGCGUUAAAAACGAACGGCAGGAUGUAGUCGAUGGCCAUCUUGACACUGACAUUGUCGUAGCCAACGUUAAGUGUUCGCCGGAAGAAGUGAAAUAUGCGACGUCCGACAAUCACAGUUUGCCGAGGAUAGCCGAAGAGAAGGACUCUCCGGUGGCGGUCAAAGAGGACGCAGUGGUGCCACCUGCUACCGUCGAUAUCGUAAAAAUCAAAUCCACUAAGUCGUCCAAAGGAUAUUUUUUUAACAGAAAAUACAAACAAAAAGAUACAAAAUCUAAUCACGGUAAUGGCAAUGAUGAGCCAAAAAGCAAUAACGAUACACACCACGCCUGAAACACUAUCUUAUUGCUCGCCCUUUUCUUUUGCUCCAAUUAUUAUUAUUACUAUUUUUAUUUUAAAUUAUGAACCUUUAACAGGCAUAGUUAUAAACUUAUAAGCUUUAGUUCAACAUUAUUAUUUUCAAUCUAGUCGGUAUCCAUAAAUAUUUAUCUUUCCAACACUUCUUGAUGUUUUUCAAUGUUCCAUUGAGGAAGUUUAGUAGGCGCAUAUAUAUGUGUACAUAUAUAUUUACGUAUAAUUUAUUACGUUGUUUCCAUUUACAUAAUAAUUUCAAACUACCGGUUUUUUUUGGUUUUGUUCAUUGUGUACCAUUGUGUAAUUUAUGUACUCUAUGUUUAGCUUGUUUAGCACAUGCGUAACUUAUUGGCAGGUAGUCAUUUAAAUAUCGAACAACAAUCUAAAGUACCUAUUAAAUAAAUAAUAAUUCUCUCGAUUGUUAAAAUACCCCAAAAAAACAUUGAAGUAUCUCAGAUACAAAAGCAAUUUUGUUUUGAGGCAAGUCAUGAAUAAUGUAUGUAUACAUUCUAUAUAAAAAAAAAUACAUUGUAUUUUUUUAAGAAAAUUAAUGAUGAAAUAUUAAUAUAUUAAUAAUGUUAGAUCUCAAAUGAUUAUUAUAAUUCUUCUCGCACAUAUUUAAAGUAAAAGUAAAUGACCUAAGUCAUGGCAUUCGACCACCUUAAUUUGUAACUUUAUCUCUUUUGUUAUGUGUACAGUUAACAGCAACUGCUCGAUGAAUUUACGUUGUGUAAGAAUUAGACUAAAGAAUUAUCUGUUUGCAAUAAGAUUAUAACACACUCACCCCCACACACACACAUUAUUGUUUAGGAACAAUAAUAUUUGUAUUUUAGUCGUUUAUCUGUAUGUUAUUUUUUUACACUAUUCUUUAACCUUUUUUUGUUUAUCUCUUGUUACUUUGUAAACGAUUUUUUAAAUAUCUUUUUUGAAAUUUCGCGUGCAAAAGAAAAAAAUGACGAUAGUUAUUACUUUAUUUUUUUUAAAUCUAAUAAAGCGUUAUGUUUAUUUGUGAUAUUUUGUGAUAGUUUUAAUGUACGAAAAAGCAUGCACAAUUUUUUUCGUUUUGACUUUUUUUUGUAUUUAUUAGCACUCAUAACAUCAUCAAACAAAUUUUUUUUUUUUUUCUAAUUAACAAAUAAUUUCUAAUGUUUAGCCGUCAUUUGUAUUUUUUUCUCUAUCAUUGAUUAUUAUAUUAUAUUAUUAAGUUUUUUUUUAAUUGAAUUUUCGUUAAACUAAUUGUAUUGACAAAAGCCUAAGUGGCAUUAGUUAUAAGUCUAUAUUUUUUUUAAAUUUUAUUAUUAUUAUGGCCAUUAUUGUUUGUGUAAUAAUAACCUUUUUUCUAUUUAUUUGUAUUUAAAACAAUAUUGUUGGAUUAUUAACAAGUUGAUAGUACAACAAAAAUACUUGUUUUACUCAUUUUGAAUAUUUUCAUCUUUAAGCAAUAGGCGGUAAGACUUGUAUACGUAGCUGAGCAAUUUAAAAUGAUAAACUGUUUUAUUUUUUUCUUUAUUUAAAACUAUAAGUCUUGAAAACUUUCCUAUACUACUUUUGUAUAAAAAAAAAAUUUAGUUUAAUCUCUAUACCAAAUGCUGUGCCAAUUUUUACUAGUUUCAGCCUUAAUUGUAUUUCAUGUAAAAUAUUUUUUUUUUUUUUAUAAAUCAAUGUAGUUUCAAAAUGUGUUUACUAGCACUGUCAAGCUCUGAGCCACCCUUACAUUUUUUUCUUUUGGCCAUUCCCACAACUGCAAUAGGCACUAGUUCGAUAAAAUUAUUUGUUAUGUGAAAAAAACAUUUCAUAUUCUUCAUUUUCCAAAGUUAUUUUGUUAAUAUUCAAGAGUAAUAAGUUUUGUCAUUAUUUAUUUUUAAUUUAAGCUACUGUUUAUGCACAAUAUUAUCCAAUCAUGUUCACGGUUCAAUAUAUAUCAUAACAUAACUUAUUUUUUUAGUGUAUUACAAUUUACACUUUUAUCUUUUAAAGCUUGUUAAAAGAUCUUACCAUGCAUUUUUUUUUUUUGAUAAUCAAAAUAUGGUCAAUACCGUUUUACUCGUUUUUAAUGGCUUUAUUAUCUUUACUCUAUUAAUUUGUUCGUAAAAUAAUUCAGCAUUUUGUCCGUAUUUAAAACAAAAAUUGUAGCAAUAUGUUCAAAAUUCAAAUCACAUUUUUAUAAAAACAAUUUUUUUUUACUUGGUAAUAAAAAUUGGCAUGUAAAUGUUUGCCACCUUGACACAAAGCCUUUGGCGCGUAUUAUAAGAAAAAAAAUUGUCUUUUCUUAUUGAUUGGAAUUUCACUCAGAAAUGUUAUUAUGUUAAAAAAAUAUAUUAUGUAAUGUAUGUUAUUAUUAUGUAUUAUAAAAUUUAAAAAACGGAGUUGCAACUUGGCUUGCGUUAUAUUAGCGAUUAGAAUUUGUUUUCUGCUCAUAACAAAAAAUUAAUAAUACUAUAAAAUGGGUAUUUUUUAUUGUUUUUCUUCUUUUUUUUAACUAAAUUACAUUAAAUUAUUAACUUUUUUUUAGCGAUAAAUGUUUUUUUUUGUCCUUUUUUCUUUUAUUAUUAUUAUUGUAAUCAUUUUUUGUAUUAAUUACUAUCAUUAGACGUGUAAGUGUUUAUUAUGUGUUAAAAAUAUUUUUGAAUGUACAAAAUAGUUGGUAGGCAAUAUAAUAUUAUCAAAUCA